CUCUCUCUCUCUCUCUCUCUCUCUCUCUCUCUCUCUCUCUCUCUCUCCCCGCUCUGGCUGUGCUUCAUGCUGGCUGUAAGCAGGUGAAUCUGGGCUGUGGAAGCUCCGUGGCUACGGGAAAGGCUGCGGGAGAAUGUGAGCGCUAUGCCGGCUUUGCCCUACCUCCUGUGGGCCGCUGUGGCCGCGCGGCUCGCUGUCGCAGGCUGCUGGGGUGCGGCUAUGACAGACUGGGGGGAUGCGGGAGAAUUGACGGAGCCCAGGCGGCUCCAGCAGCAAGUAGACGAGGGUGAGCUGGCACACCAUCGCCUAGACAGCAGAGUAACUCAGGAUGCUGUCACCAUGCAUCCAGUUCAUUUGGCACAGAUCUCCUUCAUGGUUCAGGCCUUUGGGACACCUUUUAUUCUGGACCUGGAGCUCAACCAUGAUCUCUUGUCCUCAGACUAUGUGGAACGAAAUUUUGAGGAGAAUGGAACACCUUCAGAGAAUCAGGGAGGAGAGCAUUGCUACUAUCAUGGUGUUCUCAGGGGAGUGAAAGGCUCCUGGGCUGCUCUCUCCACCUGCAGUGGUCUGUGGGGAGUGUUCUCAGAUGGAAACUUCUCCUAUGGGAUCGAACCUGUCCAGAAUUCAGACAAGCAGAUUCAGAGUGGCCACAUUGUUCACAAGAUGCCUAACAUACGACUGACCACGCCACACUGUCCAGAAUGCUCCCGGGACACUGAAAGAGACUCUACUGCUGAAGAUGACCAAUUCUUUCCAGUGGAGUUUCCCACCUUCACUUAUGGACUGAGACGGGCCAAAAGGCAGAUCCGGAAGCCACAGCGCAGCGUUCAGACUGAGACCAAAUAUGUGGAGCUGUUGGUGGUGAAUGACUACGACCUGUUUGUGCAGAUGCGCAGAUCGAAUGCCCAGACGCGCAACUUUGCGAAAGCCGUUGUUAACAUGGCAGACGCAAUUUACAAAGAACAGCUUAACACUCGGAUUGUGCUUGUUGCUAUGGAAACGUGGUCAGCUCAGAAUAUGGUGUAUGUGGGAGAUGACCCUCUGACGACCUUGCGUGACUUUAUGAAGUACAGGAGGGAGAACAUCAAAGACAAAAGUGAUGCAGCACAUCUAUUUUCGGGGCGUACAUUUCACAGUGCCCGUAGUGGCACGGCCUACAUCGAGGGCAUUUGCUCUCUGACACGAGGAGGAGGAGUAAAUGAGUAUGGGAAUGUUGGACCCAUGGCCAUCACACUUUGCCAGAGUUUAGGGCAGAACCUGGGCAUGAUGUGGAAUAAAGAACGUGCCACGGCAGGAGACUGUAGGUGUCCUGACCCGUGGCUUGGCUGUAUUAUGGAGGAUACUGGAUACUACCUGCCAAGGAAGUUCUCGCGUUGCAGUGUAGAGGAAUACGUCCGCUUCCUCCAAGAGGGAGGGGGUAGCUGCCUCUUCAACAAACCAACCAAGUUACUGGACCCUCCGGAAUGUGGAAAUGGAUUUGUGGAGCAGGGAGAAGAAUGUGACUGUGGCUCACAAGUGGACUGUUCCCGUGCUGGGGGGGCAUGCUGCAAGAAGUGCACCCUGACCCACGAUGCAAUGUGCAGUAAUGGACUCUGCUGUAACAGGUGUAGGUAUGAGCAGAGAGGGAUAAUGUGUCGAGAUGCAGUCAAUGACUGUGACGUCCCAGAAAUGUGUACGGGUGAUUCCAGCCAGUGUCCUCCUAAUGUUCAUAAACUGGAUGGCUACACAUGUGAUGCAGGACAGGGACGUUGUUAUGGAGGCCGCUGUAAGACCAGAGAUGCACAGUGUCAGGCGCUGUGGGGACACAAUGCAGCAGAUCGUAUGUGCUAUGAGAAGCUGAACACUGAAGGAACAGAAAAGGGGAACUGUGGACGGGACCCCAGUGGGCAGGGCUGGGUCCAGUGCAACAAACAGGAUGUACUGUGUGGUUUUCUGCUGUGUACUAAUAUGACUAUAAAGCCAAGAUAUGGGGAUUUGCAAGGAGACGUUACAAGCCUCACAAUCUACCACCAGAACAAGUAUCUAGACUGUUGUGGGGGUCAUGCUGUUUUGGAGGAUGGGUCAGAUCUGGGUUAUGUGGAGGACGGUACGCCCUGUGGGCCGAACAUGAUGUGUCUGGAUCACCGCUGUCUGCCUGUUGUGACCUUUAACCUCUCCUCCUGCCCAGGGUCAUCUCCUCCACUGAUCUGCUCUGACCAUGGGACGUGCAGCAAUGAGGUGAAGUGUAUCUGUGAUGCAGACUACACAGGGAAGGACUGCAGUGUGUAUGACCCCAUCCCUGACCCUAUGCUUUUAGAUGGACCUGAGAAAUAUAAAGGACCCAGUGGCACAAAUAUAAUCAUUGGCUCGUUGGCAGGAGCGAUUCUGCUGGCAGCGAUAGUGCUGGGUGGAACUGGCUGGGGAUUCAAAAAUAUCCGGAGAGGAAGGUACGACUCUGCUGAACAGUGAUCUCAGUCCUGCGUGCAGUAUCCAAUUAUAAGUUCCAAUAAGGACCUAAUCUGUCUCUGCAGCACCGUGGCUUAUGGUUGAUGACCAGGGACAAUGACCUUUACAGAAAAGCUGUUGAUUUGAACUGCUUUUCUAAAAACAAUAGAAGCCAAAGAAUUCUAUUAGGAAAGUUGUAGACCUUUAUGGUGAAUUAAGAAUCUCUCUCCACCUCUCAUCCACACCUGGCAUCAGGCUCUGGGUCUUCUGCAGAAAUUCAAUAAUAAACAUUCACAUAAGACACAGUGUGAACAGCUGUGUGUUCAGGCAUUUGUAAUCGGAUCACCCAGAAUGUACAGAACUAGUCAAAAGUUUGGAAACACCUUUUCAUUCAAUGCUUUUCUUUUUUUUUCUUUCUUUAAUUUAUUUUAUACAUUGGACAUUUAUAUAAAAGACAUCAAAACAAUUAGGGUAAACAUAUGGAAUUAUGUAGUCAACAGUAAAAAAAAAGUGUUCCCUCCACAAUGCCCUGAUCUAAACCUGAUCAACCAAGAUGGUGAUUUUAGGAUGAGCUGCAGCUUCACAGCAUGAAGGAAAAGCAGCAACUAUUGUUCAGCACCUCCAGGAACUCCUUCAAAACACUGAGAAAACUAUUCUAGGUGACUCUUCCUCAUGAAGACACUGAGAUUAAAAUACCAAGUGUGUAGAAUUUUCUAUAUUUCUGCAAAAAUAUGACCCAACACAUCAGAUUUUCACACAGGUCCUAAAAGUAGAUAAAGAGAACACAGUUAAACUAACACAACGAUAAUUUUAUGCUUGUUCAUUUAUUAAUUGAGAAAAAUGGAUGGCCUCUAGGAUUAGCAGUUAGAUUGAAGGUGAAAUUAGAGUCAGGUGUUUUCCAUAAAUGGAAUUACAAUUAGGUGUGAGUGGACGGAGCUUGUAAAGAACAGGGAUCUAUAAAAGUCUGUUCUUCACAACAUGUUUGUGGAAGUGUGUUGUGGCACCAACAAAACAUUUUAACCUCUAAAUCCACAGUCAGACAGAUUGUGUACACAUGGAGGAAAUUCAAGACCAUUGUUACCCUCCCCAGGAGUGUUUGACCAACAAAGAUCACUUCAAUAGCAUGGUGUGUAAUAGUCAGCGAGGUCUCAAAGGACCCCAGGAUAACUUCUAAACAACUGAAGGCCUCUCUCACAUUGGCUAAUGUUUAUCUUCAUGAGUCCACCAUCAGGAGAUCAUUGAACAACAGUAGUGUGCAUGGCAGGGUUGCAAGGAGAAAGCCACUGCUCUCCAUUGCUGCUCUUCUGCAGUAUGUGCAGGAGCAUGUGCAGGGCUGGACUGGUAAUCGGGCGUACCGGGCAUUUUCCCGGUGGGCCGACAGUCCUCAGGGGCUAAAGCUGUUUCUUCCCUUUUUUUUCUGAGAGACCGGCCCACAAUAUAGAGGGGGCGGCCCAUUGGCCCAUUUUCAAUAUAGACAGUGGACUGAACCAAUCAGGAUAUAGGAUGAAAGCGGCCACACCCUUUCUCUGAAUGGUCAGCGCGGAGAAACAGAGGCUGCAGAAAGUAGGUGUGGAGAAAUUACGUGCGAAGAAACUGAAAAUUCUCACUGUAGAUUAAACAAAAUGUGUAAAAAUCACAAACAUGUUCGCUGCUGUAGCCUCCGCGUCCUCUGGGAAGACAGGAGCAGCAGACAGACAGGGAGAGCAGCAGCCAGUGAUGCAGGCUUGUGACAGAAAAAAAGAGGGACAGACUGAGCGGGAAAGUGUAGUACUUAAGCAGAUAACACUGGGACUUUGAGGUGAUGGGGUAAUGUUAGUAAUGGCCAUUGAUUAGUAUAAAUAUUAAUUGGUAAUUACAUACCAUUACAUAGAAAGACAGAGAAGUGCUGGAUUAGCAGCAAGUGAAAAACAGUGUCAAAUGAUUUUAAGACCGUUCUUAAAGCAGCCCUGAUACAAAUACAUGUUAUAGCUGUUUAAAUGAGGAAGCACCUUUAACCUGAAGAAUGAGAAUUGAACUGUUAUAUCAGAGAAAUUCAAUGAUUCGAUGAUUUUAAUAAAAAGGAUAAACAAAUCAAUUGAACUACACAGAGCAGACAAAAAUGGUGGAGUUAACAAUAGACACUAAAAUUAUUAUAUUUAAUAUGUUGAUGAUAAAUUAUGCUUCUCUGUACUUAAAUUACAAGUCAGUUGUGCCCCGCUAAUUAUAAGGGGCCGGUCAUAACCAAAAAUGCCAGGGCUGAUAUUUUGUCCCAGUCCAGCCCUGAGCACGUGGACAAGCCAAAAGGUUAUUGGAAGAAUAUUUUGUGAAUGGAUGAGACCAAAAUAGAACUUUUUGGUCUAAAUAUAAGUAUUAUGUUUGGAGAAAGAAAAACAUUCCAGCAUUCAAGAAUAAGAUCCUUAUCCCUUCUGUGAAACAUGGUGGUGGUAGUAUCAUAUUUUGGGCCUGUUUUUUGCUGUAUGUGGGCCUGGACAGCUUGCCUUCACUUGAUGAAACAAUGAUUUUUAAAUUAUAUAAGAGAAUUCUAAAGGAAAAUGUCAGGACACAGUCUAUGAACAGGAUCUCAAGAGUAAUUUAGCAACGCAAUGACCCUAAGCACACAAGUCUUUGUACCAAAGAAUGGUUCAAGAAGAAUAAAGUAAAUGUUUUGGAAUUGCCAAGUCAGAGUCCUGAGCUUAAUUAAAAGGAAAUGUUGUGGAAGGAGCUGAAACUAGUUGUUAAUGUGAGGAAACCGACCAACAUCCCAGAAUUGAAACUGUUCUGUAUGCAGGAAUGGGCUGAAAUUUCUUCAAGCUGCUGUAAAGGACUGAUCAACAAUUUUUUUUUUUUGUAACUGUGUUCUCUUUAUCUACAUUUAUGACAUGUGAAAAUCUGAUGAUGUUUUAGGUCAUUUAUGCAGAAAUAUAGAAAAUCCUAAAUAUUUUUACCAACUCUGUUCAUUUACGAGUUUUCAGUCAUACUGGGCCUUAAGCCAACAUUCUCUGGACCCACAGGUGUGAGCUUUAUUGCACCCUUCAGUAUCUUCACAUAAAAAUAAAAAUCAGUUUGUUUGCUUUGUAGUCACAAAGAAUAAUACGCCUUACUGUGUAAUAUAGCCAGGAUUUUAAGAUGAUGGGGGUGGGUUAAGUGCGUUGAGAGUGUGUGAGCAUGCAUUAUUGGAACUGUUGACUUUGCUAUAAUGCAAAUAAUAAAACAAAAUGAAACAAAACUGCAGGCAAACUUGUCCCUGCUAACCUUGCUUUAGUUUGUGUGAGCUGUUUUUUGUUCUCGUUUUAAAAAAAGUUUUUAUUUGACUGAGAUAUACUGUGAAUAAAGAGAAACCUUGUAACUGUACUAUAAUUCAUUGCAUUUCUUUGAAUUGCCCUUCUUACAUCCUCCUCUUUCUGUUCUUUUC